GCCGCCCUAUCUUUCCAUAUUUGGACCACACCUUGUUCCAUUUUUUCCCCUCUCCACCAAAAUCAACACAUCUCUCUUCUCCAAAUCUCUGCAUAAUGGAGGAUCUUGCUCCUAAGCUCUUUCCCAGUUCAAACAUGGCGCCCACCAGUUUGUACAAGACCGGAAACUUGGAAGCUUUCGACUUUGGUGCAUCGUCGCACGUGGCUGAAAAACCUAAGACAGAGAGCUUCUUGUCGGAGGAAAAUUGUGAUCGGAUGAAGAUAUCUGGCAGUGUUGGGAGCGGGAAGAAGAAGAGCGAGCAGAGAGUGAGGAAGCCCAGAUUUGCGUUUCAGACAAGAAGCCAAGUUGAUAUUCUUGAUGAUGGCUACCGAUGGCGAAAAUACGGCCAGAAAGCAGUCAAGAACAACAAAUUUCCUAGAAGUUACUAUCGAUGCACUCGUGAGGGGUGCAACGUGAAGAAGCAAGUUCAACGGCUAUCGAGAGACGAGAGCGUCGUCGUAACUACGUAUGAAGGGAAGCACACACAUCCCGUUGAAAAACCAAGCGACAAUUUCGAACAAAUUCUCAGCCAGAUGCAGAUUUAUCCUCCUUUUUGAUCAAAUUAAUUAUACUACUCACACAACAUAUAUAAAUAUUAUAUUAUGUGAUAAGACUAUACUAGAAGAUAUAUCGAACGUUUAUUAACUAUGUGUAGUGCGUCAAACUCUCAUGCAGUUCUUGUAGAUCCUUGCAGAGAACGCUCACUUCACUUAUGAAUACAUCACUUAUUCGAAGUUUUAGAUAACGAG